AGCUGAUACUUCUAGCUGAGCCACAAGUGCCGCUUGGAAAGGGCUUAGGUUGUUUCCAGGGGGAGAACUCUGUGGGGAAGAAGCGAAGUUCAACAGGACCAUAAGAAAUCAGCUGGAACAGCCAGAAAAAACAAACGAAGAGCCCUCACCUUUUAACACGAGCUCUCUACCCGAGUUCUCCAACACUAAAGUAGUCUGCAAAGGGCCACUCGACAGAGACUUUUCACCUGACUCUUCAUCUCUCCGGCCAGCAUGACUGAGAUCACUGCCGAAGUUUCCACCCAGGUCGCACCAGGUUAUGUCUCAACAGCAUAUGGUGUCUUUGGCAGUAGGAUCUUACCAUUAACCUCUGGAAAUACAUCAACAACCACAACUGUAAUAGACAACAAAAAUGGAUCUGUGCCCAAAUCUCCUGGAAAAGUGCUAAAGAGGACAGUCACAGAAGACAUAGUAACAACAUUCAGCUCCCCAGCUGCCUGGCUUCUGGUCAUUGCUCUGAUAAUCACAUGGUCAGCUGUUGCUGUUGUUAUGUUUGACUUGGUGGAUUACAAAAAUUUUUCAGCAAGCUCCAUUGCCAAGAUUGGCUCGGAUCCUCUUAAAUUUGUGCAUGACACUGUGGAGGAAACCACAGACUGGAUCUCUGGCUUCUUUUCUUUGUUGUCUGACAUCAUCUCAUCAGAAGGUGACGAAGAUGAAGAUGAUGGGGAUGAGGACAUUGAUAAAGGAGAAAUAGAAGAGCCUCCUUUGAAAAAGAAAGAACUAUACAAAGAUAAGACUGAAAAACAUGAGAAACCUGAAAGGAAAAUACAAACAAAAGUUACACACAGAGAAAAGGAAAAAGACAAAGAAAAAAUAAAAGAGAAAGAAAAACCUGAAAAGAAAGCAACUCACAAGGAAAAACUUGAGAAAAAAGAAAAAUCAGAGGCAAAGACAAUGGCAAAAGAUGACAAGCAGUCUAAGAGUAAGGAAAAGGCUGAAGAGAAGACUAAAAAGGAAGUGAAAGGUGGAAAACAGGAGAAAGUGAAGCAAAUGGCUACAAAAGCCAAAGAAAUGCAGAAAACACCUUCGAAGGUCAAAGAGAGGGUUCACAAAGACACAGCAGCUGCGUCAAAACCUGAGCAGAAAGAUCAGUAUGCAUUCUGUCGAUAUAUGAUUGACAUGUUUGUCCAAGGGGAUUUAAAACCAGGACAAAGCCCAGCCAUCCCCACUCCAUCUCUGACAGUACCAGCUCCUGGACGUACUCUAGCAACACCUGCUCCUGAAGAAGAAGAAGUGGAGAAGAAGAAAGCUGAGAAGAAAGCUACUUCUGAAACAAAAAAGAAAGAAAAAGAAGAUGUCAAAAAGAAAAGUGAGAAGGAAACUGCCAUUGAAGGGGGGAAAAAAGAGCCUGGAAAAUCUACUGAAUCCAAACAAGGAACUACAAAAGUUGCAGCACAAGCAGCAGCUAAAAAGGAUGAAAAGAAGGAAGAUUCCAAGAAAAUGAAAAAAGGAGUGGAAGAACACCCCACAGGAAAAAAGCAGGAAAAGAAAGAAAAAUCAACAGAACCAGCAAAAUCACCAAAGAAAGAGCAUCCAGCUCCCAGUGAAAAACAAGGAAAAGCAAAAGCUGAACGAACCAAAGAAGAGGUUAUUGCUGCCUCAACGAAGAAAGCUAUGCCUGGAAAGAAAGAAGAGAAAACCAAGACAGUAGAGCAAGAAGUGAAAAAAGAAAAAUCUGGGAAGACUUCUGAUCCGAAGGAUAAAGACCUUACCAAGGGGAAAGAAGUGAAGGUCUCGGCUUCUGGAAAGGAAAAAGCACCUGAAACUAAAAAAGAUGAAAAGAUCUCCAAAGCAGGCAAAGAAGUCAAGCCUAAACCCCCACAUCCACAGGUGAAAACAGAAGAGAAGCCAGAGCAACAACUCAAAAAGGAAGCAAAACCAGCUUCAUCUGAUAAAGGACAAAUACACAAACAGGACAUAGCAAAACCAGAAAAGGCUGUUUCUCAUGAUAAACCAGAUAAACCUAAACCAUCUUCAACAAUAUCAGAAGACACAGAAUCAGGGAAGAAGAAAAUUGAAAAUUCUGAAAAGGAAAGUAAAGCAGAAAUACCUACAAAAGUGCAAAGAGAUCUUAAAGAUGCGCCACCUUCAAAGAAAGAAGAAACUGAAGAUGUUUCUACUACAAAGAAGCAAAAAAAUCCUAUUAGUUUCUUCCAGUGUGUCUACUUGGAUGGCUACAAUGGCUAUGGAUUUCAGUUUCCUGUCACUCCUGCACAACGCCCUGGAGAGAGCUCUAGCAAACAAAAUUCUCCAGAACAGAAGCAACACGGACAAUAACCACAUAUGCAUGACCCUUACACGUGCUUUAAGAUUGUUAAAAUGGGAUCUUCUGUUUUGUCCACGGUGGCAGAGGCAGUUUAAAUCCUGUA